AUGGAACAUACAGUACUUGUAGAAUCUGAUGGCACAUCAGAUACCGAUGACCAAACCAAGGUUUGGGAGUCCGAUCCUCGCUCCGUGACGGCUCAUCUCGCUCAUGACUCAGCCCACACGGCAUUGCCGGCGGAGUGUGGCAUCGGCCACCGCGUCCAAGCCAGUCGGUCCGUCCUAGCGCUGGUCCUGGACAAUGAAUGCGUCUUUGCCGGGCUUCAGGGCGGAGAUAUUGUUCUACUUCCGUCUACUCGUUCAUGCGUCUGCAGUGUUGACAAGCCGCAGGUUUGGUCCACGAGAACCUUCGACCGCCUUUACUCCAUACAUUCCCACCAUGAUGUUGGUGACAUCUUUGCUGUGGCCUAUUCGUCUUCUCUGAAGACCAUCUACUGCGGUGGGCAAAAUACCAGCAUUCAGUGGUGCGAUAUUUCACAAACGGAUGCGGCUUCGACACAACGCUCAGCUGCUCAAUUGUCCAAACGGACCCAUAGAUUCUUCGAUUCCAAGGGUCCCGAUGGUUCUCGUGCUCCCAGGUCGGACCCGGGUGCAGAUGGCGUACACCCGGGUGGCCAAGUUCUCACCUUCAAGCGUGAUCACCACCGCUUAUUUUCUCACCAUGGCUAUAUCUACACUAUGCUAUUGGUGAGAGGGCUUAUUGAACAAGCACCCAAUGAGGAGGUGCUUCUGACCGGUGCAGGAGACGGAGUCGUGAAACUCUGGCGCUUGGAUCAAGCCAAGGACAAUGCAGUCCCUUCGCAGAUUGCGAAGCUCCAGAACGGGGACCCGGUGCUUUCCAUCGCUGUUGAGGGCUCGUUUCUCUACUGUGGUUUGGCGGGAGGCGCCUUGAAUAUCUGGAACCUGGACUCUCACCAACUGGUGAAGAGGAUUUCGAUGCAUACGGGUGACCUAUGGGCAGUCGAUAUCAUUCACGGUGUCGCAGUGUGUGGAGACUCCAACGGUGUCAUCAAGAAGUUUAACUCACGGUUCGAGGAAAUUGGGAGCUGGGUGGCUCACGGAGGCACCAUGUUGGCAUCCUCAGCCGGUCGCUUCAAGGAUCGUUAUAUCUACGCCAGUGGAGGAAACGAUAACACUGUCGGCAUAUGGGAUCUGACCGAUGUGUCGCGCGCACAACCUGAGCAAGCUCGCAUCAACAACGGUAUGAUUAUGAACAAUCCAAAAUUCGCUGGUGAAUGCAACCAGGGUGCUGCGUUCCUACGCCGACACUGCAUUUACCUAGGUGCUAAGACCAAUUUGCUGACUACCGGGGCGGAUACAAAUCCGAUUGUGCAUGCGCGGUUCAACGCCACAGCCCCGAAUAAGGUCGACAAGACAAUCCUGUUCUAUGGACAUUAUGAUGUUGUUGGAGCGGAUGCCAACCGGGAUAAGUGGAAUACUGAUCCAUACCGACUGACUUCCAUCGAUGGCUUCUUGUACGGACGUGGCGUGACAGAUAACAAAGGGCCUAUCUUGGCAGCCCUGUAUGCCGCGGCUGAUCUUGCGCGGAAGAAAGAGCUCCGUUGCAAUGUCGUCUUUCUCAUCGAAGGUGAGGAAGAGUCUGGUUCACAGAACUUCCACGAGACGGUUCGUACACACAAGUCAGAAAUUGGGCCGGUGGAUUGGAUUCUGCUAGCCAACAGUUACUGGCUGGAUGACCACAACCCGUGCCUGACUUAUGGCCUACGUGGCGUUGUUCAUGCCAACCUCAUCGUGACCAGUGAUCAUCCUGAUCUUCACAGUGGUAUUGAUGGAAGCGCACUGCUCGACGAGCCAUUGAAAGACCUCACCAUGCUUCUGGGUACUCUGGUCGGUCGCAAGGGUCGAAUUAACCUUCCUGGGUUUCAAGAGCCGGUCCUCCCGCUCACCGACGCUGAAAAGGAGCGCUAUGCCGCGAUCUCGGACGUUCUCCUGCCCCAUCAUCCCGAAAUUGCGGAUAGUGAUGCGCUCAUCAAGUCGCUCAUGCAUCGCUGGAGGGAGCCAUCCCUCACUAUCCAUGCAGUCGAGGUGCCUGGGAGCAGUAAAAGCGCAACCACUACAAUCUCCCGUAAAGCUAAGGCCAGCCUUUCCAUUCGGCUUGUGCCGAACCAAGAAGCGGAUGAGGUGGCCACGAACCUGACUCUGUUUGUGCAAGAGCAGUUCGAUAAAUUAGAAUCACAGAACGAUCUGACCGUGGAGAUCACGGGCAAAUCGGACCCUUGGCUGGGGGAUCCCGACAACGAAAUCUUCGAGACUCUGGCGGAAGCGAUCACCGCUGCCUGGUCACCAACAAACAAGCCCCAAAGAUACACAUAUCCCCCCAUUCAGCGGGAGAAGCCUGAGUCGACAACGACUCCUAAGCGGUCGAAGGAGCGGCCUGGCCUUCAGCGCAAAGACUCCGGCGAUAGUCUGGCCUCUCACAUUGACCGGAUCAUCAUGUCGACGACGACAUCCUCAGCGGAGAAAACGGCGCGUCAGCGAUCAUCCCUGAGCACGACGGUUCCAACAUCCUCCACGCUGGCCAGCAAGUCGGGGGUAUCUGUCGCCGACGAGCCUGCCUCAACAUCGGCGCCGGAGGCUACUGGGGAGAAGACGUCCAGCGUGUCAGCAGGAGGACGGUCUGAGUCCAGCGUGCGGCCGAUCUACAUCCGUGAGGGCGGAUCAAUCCCGACGAUACGGUUCUUGGAGAAAGAAUUCUCAGCACCAGCGGCGAACCUGCCGUGUGGGCAGGCCAGUGAUAACGCCCAUUUAUACAAUGAACGUUUGCGGGUGGAGAAUCUGUACAAAAGCCGGGAGAUUUUUGGGUAUUCCUCCAACCAGCCACUACUAAGUACUAUAUGUGUACUAGCCACUCCACCGAAGGAAUUAUCGGCUCCAAGAGAUAAUACGAGGAUCCCACACAAGCGGGUGUCCGAAAUAGGUAAACUUUGCGGGCCAGCCAUUGGUCGGCGAUUAAAAAUAGCGGCCUUCAUGCAGGUGACUUGCCAUGCCCAAAGCGGCAACCGCGAUAAACCCGAUACUACUACACAGUGCCAAAUACCGUGGAUCACCAAGGGUCGCGGUACCUCAAGUCCCGAUGCCAACCUCCUGACUGACUCUUGUUGCUCCUUACCCCCAGCCCGGGUUGCAUCGGCAGCCGCUCCCGGUGGCUGCUGA